GUUUCCUUGUUCAAGUUAAAGAUGAGAGAAAACGCCUUAAAUAGCAAAAAUAAAAAUGUUUCGUUGAUGUUAUUUCUUUAGGCUUUGACAACUUUUGUGGUUGACGUUACUGGUAAACAAAUAUGACACACACAAUAAAUCACAAUAUCAAAAAUUAUCACAGAUCUUAAGAUAGAAUACUUUCGUAUAUCUAAAAAUAUAAACAUUCUCUCUGUAUUUUGUAUUAUUAAUUAUAGUUGUGUCAUUAAUAGAUUAUUUUUGUUACGUAUUCAGCGUUUUCAGUGAUAUAGAAUUAUAAGAAACAACGCUUAUUAAAAGUCUUAAGAAUGUACACAGAAGUGGAUGUUUUCGUCAGUAAUUACACACUAAUAGAUCCUGAAAUAUACCAGUUAUGGAUAGAAGGCUGUUCUUCCAGUGAGGCAGUGUCCACAUUGCAUCAACGAGCGAUUGUCAAACAAACCGGUGCAUCUGUAGAACUGAUUGCUAGCGAUGUACUUGAUCAUUACAGAACGUUUGCUCUCCUGGAGAGGCUACUCACAGUGCCUUCAAAGCUGUCUGAACAGAUGAUCUUCCAAAUUGACGAGGCCACUAAACACAUGCUGAUUGAGAAAUACUAUGACUUAGAUGAUGCGGUGAUUAGAGAGUUACUCGGGCGGAAGCUGUCGUCCAGACAUCGGAAGGAUUUAGACGAGGUGGCGGAACGUUCUGGAGCGCCGCUCCGCUGCUGUCGCCGUCAGUUCGAUAACGUGCGCCGCGUGUUCAAAACAGUGGAAGAGAUGCCUGGAAACGUGGUCUCCAAUAUACGCAGCACGUUCCUCCUAUCAGAACCACUCGCCAAAAAAUAUGGAGCAGUCGUGUUCAUAGCUUGCAUGAGAUUCGAGACGGCCAAGCGGAAGCUGCAGUAUUUGUCGUUCAACGAUUUCUAUCAUUGUGCACAGGCAAUAAUGGUGAGUUGGACGUACAGCUGCACCGGGCCCGAGUACUACGACACGGAGAUGGACCGCGAGUUCCUUCUAGAACUACGCGACCUGAGGAUACUCCUCGACAAGGAGAAGGAGCAUAAACAUUUAAUAUGCAUGAGAUUAAAGCCGAAAUUGUUAGAGAAAUCAUAUCAGGAGUUGGAAUUAAACUUUAGGUUGUACACCCGGGCGCUGGUCGGACUCGCGUGCAACCUGCAUCGGGGACGAGAAUUGCGGUCGUUGUUCAUCGAUUUAUUGGAGAGAUGCAUUGAACCUUUGAGAUUGGGCGGCUGGCCCAAGACUGACUUGGCUCAGUUUUUAUGCGCUUACGAGCAGUGCGCAUUGCAAAUGGACGUACUAAGAGAGGCGGACCUGAAAAGCGUGUGGGAGCGGUACAUGAGGGUUAUAGCACAAUGUUUAAUAACUAUGUAUCACGGCUAGACAUAAGUUAAACAUUAACUGCCUUUACACACGUUCUUUCACACGUUUUUUCGGACUACUCCAAUGCUGUUAGCCGCAACUAGCCUUUACAGCUUCACCGGACAAUAGGCGGCGAGUGCAGAUGGCACUCCAAACCAAAGGGAAGACUU